AUGUCAGUAAAAACAAAGAUAGAUGUGUUCCCAUUUGAGGGUUACUUAUUGCAGGAUCCCUCUGUAGUUAGUGUUAUGCAGGCGGUGGUGCGUGGAAAUAAAGGAGGCAGCAGCAGUGGCGCGAAUGAUGUUAACAACACCGCAAAUAAACGACGUGAUGGUGGUGGUAACAACACACAAACAAUAGAGCGCCGACUGCGCACACCAUUAGAAAAACUUAUGAGUCUUAAAGCACGUUGUCGUGAAGAACAAUGUGUACACUCCGUUGAAGGAGUUCUUCUUGUUCACAUUCACGAUCAUCCGCAUGUUUUAUUGCUGCGGUACAACACCACAAAAUCAUCAACUCAACAACAACAACAACGCGUUUUACCAGCGACGAAUACUAAUAACGUGACGGUGUUUCGUCUCCCUGGUGGUCGUUGUAGAAAAGGUGAGCCGGAGGAUUUGUGUUUACUGCGCAAACUCGGUAGAGAUUUAUUAAAUGAGGCGAAGUGUCCACCCUCCUCCAUGCGCACAGCGGAGACGGAGCAGCCAGACACCGUUGUGGAGGUUGGCACUGCACACAGUGGAGCCACCGCCGUUGUGUCCUCAUCGUCCUUUCGCGUUGGUGAGACCCUCGCACGGUGGUAUAGACCGCACUUUGAUCCCUUCAUGUAUCCUUACAUCCCCGCCCAUGUAGCCGAGAGUGAUGUGAAGGAAGUGCGAACUAUUUUUCUUGUGCAUAUGCCUCCACAGAUGAUCCUUACAGUUCCACACCGGGAUGUGCAACUCGUUGCCGCGCCAUUGUUUGAUCUGUACGAUAACACGGCGAAGUAUGGUCCACUCAUUGCAUCCAUUCCAACAUUGCUCUCACGGGUAAACAUUAACUACUGCAAGUAG